CAACUGUUCUAAUUACUUGAUGCAACAGAAAUUGGAGCUAAAUAUAUACAGUCCUCGUAAUUCGACAACUAGCUCGCCGCUUCCGUGCAAUAGCACACUGUGUGGACCUACAAGAGCAUGCUUGACUAGGUCUAAUACUUGUGCUUACCAAGAAUUAUACGGCGCAUCCUCGAGUACAGGAAUAUUAGUCGAUGAUGUUUUGCAUUUGGGUACAAAUACCAAUCCACAAGACAUCGUUGAUGUCUCGGUUACAUUCGGAUGUGGAAUGAACCAAACGGGUUAUUUCUUGGAAAGUGGUGGCGGUAUUAAUGGCAUAUUCGGACUUGGUAUGGGCGGUAUAUCCGUGCCUAGCAUUUUAGCUAGCAAAAGUGUUACAGCGAAUUCUUUCUCCAUGUGUUUCGCAGCUGAAGGAUCUUCCGGUAGAAUUGAAUUUGGAGAUAAAGGGAGUGCAGACCAAAAAACAACUCCAUUUAAUCUUCAGAAAUCAAACCCGACUUAUAAUAUCACCGUCACACAAGUUGUUGUGGGUAAUAAUGUGACCGAUCUUGAGUUCACUGCAGUUUUCGACUCCGGUUCCGCGUUUACACGCUUGAACGAGCCGGCUUACUCUUUUAUUGCAAACAAAUUUGAGUUGUACACAUAA